AUGCAAGUUAAAUGCUGUCAAACGUACACUUUCUGCAUUUUGGAUUUAAGAAAACCAAGUCGAGGAAGUGCCAUGUCACGUAUGCAUUGGCAUGCCAACUUUGAAACAUAUGCAGUUUACAGCGAACGUAUUGGCAAAAUACUUUAUGCAUCUUUGAAAUACAGAAUGGCAGCAGGAGCAGCAGGCAUCGUAUCCUGGAUAAGAAAAAAAGACUAUCACCUACUGACAGUUGGUUUAACCACAUACAGCAGUGAUGAGCGCUUUAGUGCAACGCAUUUAAAACACUCUGAGGAUUGGACGCUGCAAAUAAAAUUUGUGCAACUACGUGACGCUGGCGUCUACGAGUGUCAAGUAUCAACCCAUCCGCCCACAUCAAUAUUUUUACAUUUGAAUGUUGUUGAAGCACGUGCCGAAAUAUCGGGACCACCAAUUCGCUAUUUAACGCCAGGAUCAACUUUACGUCUGCAAUGUCGUGUUGUGCAAAAUACAGAAGCAUCAGAAUUUAUAUUUUGGUAUCACGACAAUCGAAUGAUAAAUUACGACAUUGAUCGUGGGAUUAAUGUAUCAACAGACCCAGAUUUUCAAUCAUCGGAAUUAACUAUUCUACGUACGCGACGUGAGCAUUCGGGCAAUUUCACAUGUGUGGCAAGUAACACACAACCGGCCAGUAUUUUGGUGCACAUAUUCAAAGGUGAUAACCCUGCGGCAAUGUACCAUGGUCACGUGGGUUCCUCAACGAAAUCAUAUCAGACACAUUUACAUAGUAUAAUGGUUAUUAUUGCUCUUGGCUAUCGAAUAUGGCACUGCUAUGUUCACAUGAAGAUUGUAUAAUUACUCAAAACAUUAUCAAUCAACGAAACUCAUCCUGCUGACAAAACAAAAAAUAUUCACAGUAUAGAAUAGCAUUGGAAACAAAUUAUCUCUCAUCACAUAGCAAAAAUCACAACAGAAAUGCAACAUUACUGCUUAGAUACUCGUAUGUUGCAUUGUCAGAUGGAGUGAAUAAAAUCCACAU